AUUUUUAUUAAAUCAUGCAACAAGUAUGUAAUAAGUUUGUUAUGGAUAUGACUGAUACGCGAAUGGGACCAGAACAAAGGUGUCGCAAUUGUCAAUUCAUGAAAAAAGAACAUAGUUAAAGUUUUUAAAUAUUCUAUAAACUAUAUAGGCAAUUCUCAAUAGCUUCCAUAAACUGAAUCAGGUUCAAACAAAAUCUCAGACAGAAUGAAAAUAUUUUCAGGACCCACUAAUCAAGUUUAAGAGAAGUUUUAAGGAGCAGUCAAAACAAGUGUCUAGUUGAAAAAACAGGAAGAAAAAAUUCCACCACAAUCCACAGUGAAUUAAACAGAAAGUUAAUCGUAGUAAUAGAAUUUCCCAAUAAGAAAAAUUGAAAGCUCAAAUGUACCCAAUGAACCUCCUUAGCAGAAUAAAAAUUAGCCAUCCUUAAAUAAAUAGCCAUCGAAUACAUCUAAUUAGGAAUCUAAUGCUGGAAAUCAAUAGCCACAGAAAUAAUAGGCUCAAAUAGAGACUACCCCUAUUUAAACUAAACUUGCUAAUAAUCCUUUUUUGUAGAAUGACAAAUCGUAAAAAAAAGAAGUGCCUUUCGUUAAGCCAGCUCCAAAAACUGGAGAGGAAUCUAAAUAAACAUAAUAGACGAUUCAAAAUAAAUAGGGAGAACAGCCAGAAUAAAAAAAUAAUGUUGUUUCUGAUGAUUAAAACUAAAAAUCUAAUUUUUAGGAUAUUAAAAAUGCUUUUGCAAAACAAUCCCCUCUCAUUUAAAAGGAUUCAACCGGAGGAUCUCAAUAGUCUCCAACUAAAUUAUAAAAUGGAGGUAAUAACUUAUAAGGAUAGAAAGCAAAUAUGCCAAUUUUUCGAUUUGGUCCUCCUCCUGUUAAAUAAACUUCAAAUCAAUAGGAAUCUGAAAGUAGUCUAGAAAAAUAGAUGUUAGAUAGGCCAAUAAUCUAAUAAAAAAAUAAAAGAACUGUUCAAGAGUUUGCAGAUCUUGAUUGAAGCAACAUUGCAUAAUAAGGC